CUGGACGGGCAGGUUUGUCAGCGGGGCGGCGGCGGCCCCGCUCCCCUCCCUGGGCUGCUGGGGAUAAUUAGUAUCUCUUCGAGUCUGUCUGCCCCCGGGAGGCAGGGCAGGCGGCGCGGAGUCAGUGCGUGCCCGCUGUUGUGCGCGGUGACUCGCCCCAGCCCCUCGGCGGAGCCUCCACCCCGCGGGCGGGGAACCGCCCGGCCCGCCCGGCCGCGCUCCCCGCCGUGACCCUCCCACCACCACUCACCCCGCCGGCCCGGGGAGCCUGGCAGGGCGAGCGGCGCCGGCGUCAUGUGACAGCGCGGCCCGGUGCCAGGAGCCCGGGGGGAAGGCGAGCGAGCGGGAGGGCGGGAGGCAGGGCGGCGGGCGGACGGCUCCACCUCGCACACAGACCCGGAGCCACGGCGGAGGCGCCUCAGCCGCGGGGACGCGGGACACGCCGGCCUCGCGCCUCGGUGCCGCCGGAGCGCCCCCAGCCAACUCGCGCGACCUCCGGCACUGCGGGACUCGACGGAGGCCCGGCGCUUUCCGCACUGCCCGCCGAUCAAAUCCAGAUAACACGAAGCAUUUGGCCACACAGUUUUGGCCAGGACAUCAAAGGCAUCAGAACAGGUGAAUAAAAAAGAUGCUAAUGUUUGACCCGGUCCCUAUCAAGCAAGAAGCCAUGGAGCCUGUUUCAUCGUACCCGUCCAGUUACAUGGACCAAAUGAAGCCAAACAAAUACAGCGUCAUUUAUUCGACACCAAGUAUGUUGCACAAUAAAUUCUACUCAAACCCUGAAGGACUAUCAAAUGGAAUCCAGAUGGAGCCAGUAGACCUUACGGUGAACAAACGGAGCUCACCACCUUCAACUGGAAGUUCUCCUUCCCCCUUAAAGUUUCAGACUGUGCAUAGGAGAACUUCACCUGGAUUGACUCUGUCCUCACCCAGCUCACCUCUCAGUAAAUUCACACCAUCACCCCCAGGAGUACAGCCUAUAUCCAUGCCAAUAACCAUCCCACCUGUGAUGGCUGCUGCUCUUUCACGCCAUGGACUGAGAAGCCCUGGAAUACUCCCAGUUAUACAGCCUGUUGUGGUCCAGCCGGUUCCUUUUAUGUACGCUCCCCAUCUUCAGCAGCCCAUCAUGGUGUCCACCGUUCUUGCAGAUGAGAUGGAAACUCCGAGUAGCAUGCAAGUGCCUGUCAUUGAGUCUUUUGAGAAGCCUACACUGAAGAAAACAAUCAAAGUAGAGCCAGGAAGUGAACCAUCGAAGACUGACUUCUAUCCUGAACAAAUGUCACCUCCACUGAUGACCUCAUUGUCUCCCCAGCAAGUAAUGCUGCAAGAGAAUCACCCUUCAGUUAUAGUUCAGCCAGGAAAGAGACCUUUACCUGUGGAGUCUCCGGACACGCAAAGAAAACGCAGAAUACAUCGAUGUGAUUAUGAAGGUUGCAACAAAGUCUACACUAAAAGCUCCCACCUGAAAGCUCACAGAAGAACCCAUACAGGUGAAAAGCCGUACAAGUGCACCUGGGAGGGCUGCACAUGGAAGUUUGCUCGUUCCGAUGAACUGACGCGGCAUUUCCGCAAGCACACAGGGAUCAAACCCUUCCAGUGCCCGGACUGCGACCGCAGCUUUUCCCGCUCGGACCACCUCGCUCUCCACAGGAAACGCCACAUGCUCGUCUGAUUUAGUCUGAGUGUCUCCCCUCUCUGACUCCUCCCACGCUUGUUUUUUUACACAUACAUUUUAAUUUGGAUUCAGCUGGUCUGAAUCUCUGAGUUUAUACCAUUAAAAGCUUACAUAUGGUCAGUAACAGAUGUUAUCGAACCCUUCUAUGUCCUUGCCACGGGUCAGACCUAAAGAAUGUGAACACUUAUUUUUUUUUCUGCUGGGGGAUGCUAAGCAAACCCUUUCUGCAGACAGUAUGUUUAAUGUAUUCCAUUGUGAAUAAGGGAAUUUGUAAACUAACAGCUUUUGUUGGUUCUUCAUAUAAUCAACCUAGCAUAUACAGAUAAAGUAGUAAACGUUAUCAAAUAUCCCAAAUGCUAGUCCUUGCCAGAGACUUUUAUUUAUGUACCCUGCAAGGGAUACAAUCUCGUUUUGUGCUCAGCAAUGCAACGACUGAAUCCCCUCCAGCCGUGUUGAUUUCUCCAGUAUGGUUAGUACCACAGUUUUAGACACUCGAUUUAGCAAUGUCCUCUGCCCAAACAGUGAAUAACACUGUAGAAAUAAACCUAAGCAAUAUCAUUACUUUACAGAAAGAUGGAGUCGUAGUAUCAUUUACCCCAAUGAAGACGAAAAAUUGGCAGAAGUUGAUUGGUCCACAUGAAAUGUUGUGCAUAUAAACCAAUGUCACCUGUCCUCUGUGUUACAUUGGAGUGUAUAUCCUUGGUUUUACUGCAGAGUGCCCCGGUGGAUUUGUUAAAUGAAGACCUUGUGUGACACUGUGUGUCUGGUUUCUGCGCAAGUGUAUGGGUGGAGCACACUCGGUACUGUCCUCUGACAUGGCAUUAAAUUAUAUUUGUAGAAACCUACAGCACCUCAUUUCAGGGAUAUAGACUGUCUCUCUACAAUCACUCCCCUACAUUUCCUCUAAGUAAUUUUGUCUCUUUGCUGUACCUCAGAAAAUCCCAGUCAUUACGGCCAAAACUGCUCUGAGCUCUUGUUGUGAGUGAGUGCCACCUCAGUUCAACUACAGUACUUAAAGUUACUAAUCCACAAUAUUUUUAUGAGAAGAUGCCAUCAAAUACAAAGCCCUUCUGGUGACCACUUGAGUCCUGUAUCUGUUUCGGAUAAAAACAUCUACCAGAUUGUCCACUUGCUAACUGAUUGGUGGCUCCCGUAGCCUCUCACGGGUAAGUAGAUGAAGGUCCCCCACAGAUGUGUCUGUUGCAUUAAAACGUCUCAUCAGCAUGUGUGAGCUCCCGUGUCAGCAAACACAGCUCGGUAGGUAGGUAGAAUAAACUGAAUUCCUGCAGUUGGCCCUAGAAAUGUUCCCUCCUCUGGAAGUCUGCUGAAAGGAAGGUCUGUCUACUUGUUAGCCGGCAGACAUUAUGGCACUACAAGGAAACGGGAAGUAUUUCUAUAGGCUCUCACACAUCAGUGCGUUUUUCUUCUUUCCCCUGCGUAAGGUAAACACCAUUCCCUGUAAACCAAACAUACUGAAGUCAGAUUUGUGUCUCUCUUGGAAAAAACCCACUGGAAAAUGGAGGGGUGAGAGGAGGAGGAGCUUUGUAAAACUCUCCAGGAGGAGGCAGGUGGGCUGUCCAUCUGCAGGUGGGUAUACCUGAGCUUAUGGAGUGGGCAGGCCUCUCUGCUACAGCCUGUGAGGUCCAGCAGCAAACAAGUUGUCGUACAGUUGCAAGAGUUGGAGUGCAAAGAGCGUCCCCUUGGUGAUGGGAGUUUACCAGCUGCUGCUCUGCUGACAUCUGUAUACCUGUAGAAUUAGAGAAGGAUAGGAUCUGUUCUUCCUGGACAAAAGUGCUCCGACAGCCAUUGCUGUGAAAUGGAAAGUACUGUUCCAGUUGUGUAGCAAACCUUACAUGUGGAGACAUAGAACCAGCAGUUUUAUGUAAGGAAUAGAGCCCUGAACAUGUGCUUUGCAAAGGGGAGAAUGGGGAUUGGCAAAGCAGCACUGGAAAUGCUGCUGCAAGGCUUUCGGGAGUAUCCACGUGGUCUGUUCCAGCACAGUAAAUCCUCAGCACUUUGCUGGGACUGAGGGUGGUGAUGCCUGAUCUGUCUUCUUUAAACUCAUCUGCUUAUCUAUGGAGCUGAAAAACCUGGGGGCAGAUGAAUCAGUCAUUUUUCAGUGUGCCAGGUUGUUACGAGCAUUGAGGAACUUGCAGGGAAGGGAUGGAUAUUGUUCUAAAACAGUGUUCUAGGGGCAAAAGGGCUGAUGAGAUCCUAUACAAAGAAGCAGCUUAAUGGCAACUGGUUCCAUUUUUAGCUUAACAAAUGCAAAUACAUAAAAUUUGGGAUGUUCCAGGAACAUUUCUUUCAAAUGCUUUCUGGUUUAAAGCUUUUACAAAAGGGGGGGGGGGGGGUGGCACAUUUUGGUUUUGGAUUUUUAAUUAGAAAGCUACCCUAAAAGCAGAACUUCUUUGUAGUCGAGUUUGGAGAAUUUAAUCUAUUUGCCACGUUCAAUCAUUAGCCUAUGUAUCUUUUUCCUGAAAAUAUUUAUGCUAAUGGUGGGGACAGCUACAGUUCAAUAGGACUUCAGAAUAUCUUUAUCCAUAUGCCUUAGGAUUUAGGAAAACAGAAAUUUAAAUAGUAAACAUAACUAUUUGAGAUUAUUUCAUGUAAGUGCCUCGCUUAUAGGAUUUUUCACCCAUAUGGUGUCUUUGUGGGAUGUCAAAAAAGUCAAGCAAACAUUCAUCUUUCAGAUGAAAAAAAUACAUCUUAACUGUCUCAUUUUGAUUUACUGUGGUUUGAGGGCUGUCUUGUAAUUUUUAAAUACACAAAACUAAAUACUUUUUCAAGCCAGUCCUUCCAUCUUUGCCCUAAAGGGAAGCCAUAGAUAUAAAGACAGAAAACCCUAAUCCUGCAGAAUGUAUGUAUUUAAAAAACCCACCUGUUUCCCUAGCAAUAUUGUACUGUGCAGUGUGUAACAGCUAACACAGUUCUACUAAUGCCUGUUUAAGCUAUUUGAUUAUAGUAAAUUACUAGUUUCUAAGACAUUUGCAAAAGGCUAAGCAGGUAUUCAUGUGGGAGGGGGUUAUUUAAAUACAUGCCGCCAUUCUGCAGUGAUACUCCUAAUGCCACAUCUUGUCCAAGUACAUUGUUGUCUCUGUCAAGUUUAGCAACUGGUAGAUGAAGUCAAAUCCUUUCUAUCAAAAAAUACAUAUAAUUUUAUAUAAAGAAGGCAGCACCAGUUUUCAUUGUAUUUUACAGAUACUAGCACUUUUAAAAAAUGUAUUUUAAAUGUUAGAGGGUCAUAGUAAUCUUUCUGCUUAGCAUCUCUCACCUGCAAAUAUAGCAGGGGUGUUACUUUAAUACUUGUAUAAACUAUGCAGAAAUUUUUAAAUAAAAUGUAAUAUAUUCUAUAAGCUAAUGAGACUGAAGGGGUGAUUAAAGGUUUCUUGUGUGCGUUCUCAAACUUGCAAAUAUAGAGACAUUUUGGUAAUCUUUUCUUACUAAAGAUGUGAAUCUUUAAUGUACUUUCACUGUUUCUACUUUGGUAGUCCAAUGGGAAUUCAGUAAUGACAUUUUGUCAUGUCAAACUGUGAACAUAAAUUUGUACUGUACAGUCCCCAUACUAUAUUUAGUAUACAAUGCCUAUGUGUUGUACUUGUUAAUAAAAACCCUCCAAAUAUU